AUUCCUAAGCGCCAUAUGUUGACAAACCCACCAUAGAGGGUCACUCGCUCCUUCUGGACUCUAGAGAGAACAUUCAAGAAAGAACGUGCAACUCGGAUCCUAAUUAUAUAAAGACUUGCUUCUACAUGUGCUAUAUCACGGCAGUUGCAUUCUGAACACACCUGAUAACAACAACACUAACACUAGUACCCCUAGCUACGAACACUCACAACAAUUAGUAAUUAUAAUGAGGUUCUUCGUGAUUCCCUCAUUAUUUCUUUUAGUAUUACUACUUGCUCAUCCAUUAGAAGGAUCACUAUUUCCAUUCCUCGAUCGUAAUACUCCAGGAGGAGGAAGUGUCUCUGCUGAUUACUUGGUAAGGAACCGUUUCCCGGAUCCAUUCCAUAUAUUGGAACAUACACCUUUCGGUGUGGCCAAAGAUGAUGACAUCGAUAUAUCUCCUGCAAGGGUCGACUGGAAGGAGACUUCUGAUUCCCACUUUAUCAUGCUUGACAUCCCCGGGUUGAAGAAAGAGGAAAUAAAGAUAGAGGUAGAAGAUAGUAGAGUACUGAGAGUGAGUGGAGAAAGGAAGAAAGAAGAGGAGAAGCAUGGAGAUCAGUGGCAUCGAAUUGAAAGAAGUUAUGGCAAGUUCUGGAGGCAAUUUCGCCUUCCUGAUAAUGUUGAUUUAAACCAAGUUAAAGCCAAGCUCGAAAAUGGGGUUCUUACUAUUUCUGUCGCCAAGCUCUCCCCUGACCGAAUCAAGGGUCCUAAGAUGAUAAACAUUGAAGACCAUACCGCAGCUACUGUUCCUCUUACCGGAGGGGAAGGGAAACAUGAACUCUGAUCAUGACUUGAUCUACGUACCAAGUAUAUAUAUAUAUAUGUUAUGUACUAGUAUAAUAUUCGGCAUGCAUGUAGUUACGCUUAUGUAUGUUUGUAUGAGUGAAAUGUUUGUGUGUGUCUUAGACUUGUGUAAUGUAUAAAUCAAGAUGGAAUUUCCAAAAUGCUGAGGGUUUGAACUUUGAAGCAA